AUGGCCCCCUCCAACCUGCCCUCCAUCUUCAACGCCACCAGCCAGGACAUUGAGAUGCUCCUGGCUGCCCAGUGCCACCUGGGUAGCAAGAACCUCCAGGUUCACAUGGAGAACUACCUCUGGAAGACCCGUGCCGACGGUGUCAACGUUCUCAACGUCGGCAAGACCUGGGAGAAGAUUGUCCUGGCCGCCCGCAUCAUCGCCGCCAUCGACAACCCCGCCGAUGUCUGUGUCAUCUCUGCCCGUCCCUACGGUCAGCGUGCCGUCCUCAAGUUCGCCUCCCACACUGGUGCUACUGCCAUCGCUGGUCGCUUCACCCCCGGUUCCUUCACCAACUACAUCACCCGCUCCUUCAAGGAGCCCCGUCUGAUCGUCGUCACCGACCCUCGCACCGACGCCCAGGCCAUCAAGGAGGCUUCCUACGUCAACAUUCCCGUCAUCGCCCUCGCCGACACUGACUCCCCCACCGAGUACGUCGACGUCGCCAUCCCCACCAACAACAAGGGUCGCCACGCCAUCGGCUGCAUCUGGUGGAUGCUCGCCCGUGAGGUCCUCCGCCUCCGCGGUACCAUCUACAGCCGCGAGACCCCCUGGGACGUCAUGGUCGAUCUCUACUUCUACCGCGACCCCGAGGCCGAGGCCGAGGAGAAGGUCGAGGAGGAGAAGGCCCCCGGUGUCGAGGAGGAGGGCCCCGCUGCCAUCGAGUCCGGCUUCGCUGGUGCUGGUGGUGACUGGGAGGCUCCCGCCGCUGGCUUCGCUGGUGCCACCGGUACCGGCUGGGACGGCGCUGCCGGUGACGAGUGGGGUGCCGCUCCCGCUACCACCGAGUGGGCCGCUUCUGCCGCUCCCGCCACCGGCGAGGCUGCCAAGGAGACCACGUGGUAG